UCCCCUGUGCCCCCUCCCUGCAGGAAGUGCCUGUGUAGGAAUGAAGCGGGGCAGCUACACAGGCAACUGAGAACUUCUUUCCCGGAGCAGAGAAUCAGGCAGGGGGGCCGGCUGGCAGCAGGGGGGCUGGCAUGGCACUGCGGGGGCACUGACACUAUGGGGUUACGGCCAUGGCUCUGGGGGCUCUGCGCCCUGCUGCUCCUACUGAGGGGACGCGCCGCCGAGGAAGUAAUGGGGGAGGUUUGCACUGGCACCGAUAUGAAGCUGCUUCAUCCCUUCAGCCAGAGAAACCACUAUGAGACUCUCUCUACUAUCUACCGUGACUGCCAAGUCAUCCAAGGGAAUUUAGAGAUAACCUACCUAAUAGAAGAUAAUGACGUAUCCUUUCUUAAGGACAUUAAAGAAGUACAGGGCUAUGUCCUAAUUGCGCAUAACCUGUUGAGUUAUGUGCCCUUGGAGAAUUUACGGAUUAUCCGUGGCACUCAGCUGUACCAGGAACGAUACGCCCUCGCCGUACUGUCCAAUUCAGACCCCAGUGGGACAGCCGGCCUGCGGGAACUGCGCAUGAAGAACCUAACAGAAAUCCUAAAAGGCGGCGUGAUCAUGGAGAAUAACACCCAGUUAUGUUUCCAGGACACAGUCUUGUGGGCAGAUAUCCUGAGCCAAAGCAACAGCCAGAGAAAUGAGGUGGUCCUAGGCUCCAGCAACCGCCAAUGCCCAACCUGCUCCCCUGGAUGUGGCUCCCUUCCCUCAGGCAAAUCUGGAUUUUGUUGGGGAGAGGGACAGGAGUACUGUCAGAUCUUAACCAGCACUAUCUGCAACAGUGGAUGCCAGAGAUGUAAAGGGAACCAUUCUACUCACUGCUGUCAUGAGCAGUGUGCUGCAGGCUGCACUGGACCCAAGAACUCUGACUGCCUGGCCUGCCUUCACUUUAACCACAAUGGAGUUUGUGGGUUGCACUGCCCGCCUCUCAGAACCUACAAUCCAGAGACCUACGAGUCUGUACACAACGAGGGUGGCCGGUACACUUUUGGUGCAAGCUGUGUCACCUCUUGCCCAUAUAACUACCUUGCCACCGAGGUUGGCUCGUGCACACUCUUUUGCCCUCAGGAUAAUCAGGAAGUGAUUGUGGGCAAUGUGCAAAAAUGUGAGAAAUGUGACAAGCAGUGCAGUAAAGUGUGUUAUGGACUUGGAAGGGACUUCUUGAGAACGACACAAGCAGUUAAUGCCUCUAUCAUCCAUCAUUUCCAAGGCUGCACUAAGAUCUUUGGGAGCCUGGUAUUCCUUUCCGAGUCCUUCAAACCAGAUCCCAACAAACCCAACUCAGUCCUCAAUGCACAGAGCCUUGAGGUCUUCAAGACCCUUGAAGAAAUCACAGGAUAUAUAUAUAUUGAGUCUUGGCCAGAAGAACUCAAGAGCCUCAAUGUUUUCGAAAACCUGCGGGUGAUUCACGGACGAAUGCUACAGAACGGGGCGUAUUCAUUGGUCCUGAGGAACCUUUCAAUCUCACACCUUGGCUUGCGCUCCCUGACGGAAGUCAGCAGCGGGUUGGUGCUGAUAGAAGGUAACCCAGACCUGUGCUUUUUGGAAAGCGCUCCGUGGGCUUCACUCUUUAGAAACCCAAGACAAACUAUACUGAAGACAAUCAACAAACCCCAGGAAGCCUGCGACCAAGAAGGGCAGAAUUGCUUCAGUCGCUGUGAUGGCAACAAAUGCUGGGGUCCUGGGCCAUCCCAAUGUGUUCGGUGCAAUGGAUUUCUGAGAGGCCAUGACUGCAUUGAGUCUUGCAAUGUUCUGGACGGAUACCCAAGAGAGCACGUUAAUGGAAGUCAGUGUGUGCCUUGCCACCCUCAGUGCCUCCCACAGAAUGGAACUCUGACAUGCAAUGGCACGGAAGCUCACCAGUGUAUGGAGUGUGCUCACUAUUUGGACGGAGAAGACUGUGUGGAGCAAUGCCCUAGUGGGGUGAAGGGAAAUUCCUUUGUACCCAUUUGGAAAUACCCUGACAAGGAUCGGAUCUGCCAGUUAUGCAAUGUCAACUGCUCCCAUUCGUGCAAUCAGCUGGAUGAAAGGGGCUGCCCAAUUUUACCAGACAACAGCCAAGUGUACAUGGUAGCUUCAAUUGUGAUUAGCAUUCUGAUUGUGAUAACCAUAUCAACUGCCAUUGUGCUGUAUAUCCGGCGCCGAAAGCAGCUGAAGAAGAAGCACACCAUGCGCCGCCUUUUACAGGAUGAGCUUGUGGAACCGCUGACUCCAAGUGGGGCUAUUCCCAACCAAGCCCAGAUGAGGAUCCUUAAGGAGACAGAACUUAAGAAAAUGAUGAUCCUAGGAUCUGGGGCAUUUGGUACUGUGUACAAGGGUAUUUGGAUUCCAGAUGGUGAAAACAUCAAAAUCCCAGUUGCCAUCAAAGUUUUGAGGGAGAACACGUCACCUAAAGCCAACAAAGAGAUCCUUGAUGAAGCCUAUGUGAUGGCAGGGGUGGGCAGCCCUUACGUUUGUCGGCUGCUAGGGAUCUGCCUUACAUCCACCGUACAGCUUGUCACCCAACUCAUGCCGUACGGCUGCUUACUGGACUAUGUGAGGGAGAACAAAGACCGCAUUGCUUCCAGAGAUCUCCUCAACUGGUGUGUGCAGAUAGCAAAGGGGAUGACCUACCUGGAGGAUGUGCGCUUGGUGCACAGAGACCUAGCUGCACGCAAUGUACUGGUGAAGAGCCCGUCACAUGUGAAAAUCACAGACUUUGGCCUGGCCCGACUAUUGGAUGUGGAUGAGACUGAGUACCACGCUGAUGGUGGAAAGGUCCCCAUCAAAUGGAUGGCUUUAGAGUCCAUUUUGCAUAGAAGAUUCACCCACCAGAGUGAUGUCUGGAGCUACGGUGUAACAGUUUGGGAGCUCAUGACCUUUGGGGCAAAACCCUACGAUGGAAUCCCGGCCCGAGAAAUCCCGGACCUUUUGGAAAAAGGGGAGAGGCUUCCACAGCCGCCAGUCUGCACCAUAGAUGUUUAUAUGAUCAUGGUUAAGUGCUGGAUGAUAGACUCAGAAUUCAGACCCAAGUUUCGGGACCUCGUUGGUGAACUCUCUCGUAUGGCUCGGGAUCCGUCACGUUAUGUGGUCAUUGAGAAUGAAGAGUUCCUGGCUCAGGCGAGCCCGAUGACCACCCAGUUUUACAGUGCCUUGCUGCAGGAAGUCGGGAUGGAUGACCUGGUGGAUGCAGAGGAAUAUCUGGUGCCCCAGAGGGGAUUCUUCCCAUCAGAGGAUGUUACUUCCGAGCAUCGCAGCAGGAUUUCAUCAACGCGGAGUGCUACAGAGAUGCAGGCAGAGCAGGCGCUGCUGCAGGAGACUGCCCCCAGUGGUGCUGCACUGGCUCGUACCAUGUCAGAGAGGUCGGGGGGCAGUGGCUCAGAUGCAUUAAGCGAAGGGGAAUAUGUGUUUGACCCACCCCAAAAUGAAGAGAGCGGCUCUCCACACAGAUAUACUGAUGACCCACUGCACUCCGGCGAGGAUGAGACUGACAGUUGUUUCUUUGAAGGAGACUGCAUUUCCCCAAGCAUUCCCCUACACCUACCAGCUGAGUACGUGAACCAAAAGGACGGAGAAAGGAACCAUUCGCCUGUAAAAUCCCAGAGAACAUCUGUUUCGACCCUAGAGAGGCAGAAGUCCACGCAGGAGAGGCAUAAGUCCACGCUGGAGAGGCAUAAGUCCACGCUGGAGAGGCAGAAGUCCACGCAGGAGAGGCAGAAGAACACGCUGGAGAGGCAGAAGUCCACGCUGGAGAGACAGAAGUCCAGUUUGGAUAGACAAAAGUCCACCCUUGAAAGGCAGAAGUCCACAUUAGAGAGGCAGAAGGCUCAGCAGUGCAAGAACGGCCUUGUCCGAGAGCUGAGGAGCCCUCCUGCCUUGUCUUCUCUGGACAAUCCCGACUACCUGCCCCCACCGGGACUCAUCCUGCCAAACGGCUUUCCCCAGGCCUUCGACAAUCCCUAUUACUGGAACCAUGAACUCAACUUGGCUAAGGCUGACGGGGAUCCUGCGCAGGGACAUAACGGAUUCACCACACCCACAGCCGAAAACCCCGAGUACUUGGGGCUGGAUGAAACCAUGAUCCGACCUCGGGACAUAACUGUGUAAACGACAAAAGAGAGAACUUGUUCCAUAUAUACCGGCAGCUUUUUUUCCAUAAGAGAGCAUCAGGGAAAUAACGGGGCAAUAUUUAGUUGCAAAAUGACGAGCAUUAAUUUUACCCCUGGGCAGAACUGGUCCGUGUAAAGUUGACUCUCUUUGUAUUCUUCUUUGUUAUACCGGGUUAAAAGGUUCCCAAUAUGAGGGUUCAUUUACAAACACAAAUGCAAAGCACAAAAUCUAUUGCCAAAAUGCGACUGAUAAAGGUAUUUGCACCCUUACACACUACUUGCAACCAGCUUAUGCCCAGUGCCAACACCCCGGUCCUGCCUGCUUGGAUGACUUUCAUAAAAAGGUGCAAAGUAGAGGCCUAGAGAUACAAGGGAGCCCUAAAAUGAACUCCCGCCUUCAGGAGAACGCCACUCCCCGUGCUGCCUUUGCACGCUGCCCUUGCACAAGUAACCGACUUGCACCAGUGCCUACAUCAUUAAUACAGUAUUUUGAGCGUGUUUGCUAUUAAAGUGGAAUUCUGGGAAAACACACACUACAUUGUGCCUAAACAAAAACUAUUUGCACCAGUAUUUUGCACUUUGCACUGCCUUAGUAAAUGAGCCCCAAUAGAUGUUGUGAUUUAAUCAGCUAUGGUGGCUAAUAUAUCACCCCCUCAUCCAUUAACUUCUAUUUCCAGCAUUCCCCAGCAGCAUAUGGAAUUAUAGUUCAGCAACAGCCGGAGCGGCUUGGGGAUACCACCACUAAAGUUUUGUAUCUGCUCUGCAGAAUGUUAUGGUAGCAAUAUUUCAGUGUAAUUAUGCUCAAAAGAUGGCAGUUUCCAGGCGGCACGGUACGGCCUAGGGUUUUAUAUGGUCUCGUUACUGGUCAGUUUGAUAAACAGAUAGAUAAUAUGAAGACCAAGGGGUCGGGGACAAAGAAUGGCUGAAGCAAUAGUGUUAGGCAGUUAGCAAAUAUUCCAUCUUUGUUGGCUGUAUAAUUUAUGGAGGCCUUAAGGGACCAGGGGGGGUCAUAAAAAUCCCUCUACUGGAUAACACUGGCCUGUGUGUGAUACAUGAUACCUAAACAUUUGUAGGAAAUAGCCUUGCCACCUUUAUUAACUAUACUGGCCAGGGGUGGGUGAGUCAGGUAGGGGCGGGGGUUAUGACACAAGAGGGGGCAGAUGUGAUGGGGCAGUUUCGAAUGGAUCUGGCUAAUGUUAUAGAAUAUUUUAUGGGGAAAGAGCAGUAUCGUGGAGGACAGGGCCGAUCUAGGCUGGUAAAAUACUGGCAAGGUGGCAACACAAGUAGGAAAAGGGAAACAAAACAACUGGUGAUGGGUUUGGCCUGGACUGGUGUGAGCACUAGUUACUGGGUUGCAAACUGGAAUAUGUGCAUUGGAGUAACCUAUUUAUGAUUUGGACAUCAUGUGAUAAUGAGUUGCACUAGAAAUAGCACCAGAGCCAAUUUACUGAACACGCUAUCAUUUCCCUAAUGCAUAGAUGAUUUUGCUUACUAUCCCACCCAUGCAUUGUAAUAGUUCCCAGGUAUGGCCUCAUUCUCCCCAUAGCAGCUCUCUGCCCCAGGGUGGGGUUCCUGCUUCAGGCGGUAACAUCAUGUGUGUUCCUAGAGCAACGGCACCCUUGGUACAGUCGCCUCCUUCCGGCUGGGACAAAUAACCAGAACUGACUGACCUGGGGCAGCAUACGGUUAGUUGUAUAGGGCUGCUGUACAGGAGAAGCACUGCAGCAGCCAAUGCCUUCAAACUAUUAUUCUAACCAUUAACUUUGGCUUUAGUUUCCAUGUAAGUUCUGAAGUAUGUGUAUGGUUGAACUGCAUGCCUAUUGCAUUCAUUGCUACUGAGGCCCAUAUCUACACGGUACCGUGCUCUCUCACCGCCGUCACAAUCUCACACAGGGGAGAGGAAACCCAUAGACACUGGUUCUGGAAGUGCAAAACAUCUCAGUUCAUGUAGCAUCCUGUUUCUUUCUCAGUCAGGUGAGCUGACAAUCUAUCAUAGCGCCUUGGUUUCAGGGGAAAACACUUUCGAUGUGCAAAUCUCCCCGUCGGCAGGUUUUGUAUAAAAUGUGUAUAUUUUUGGUUUUGUACCUGGAAAUAUGUUGUGUGUUUUUAUAAGCGUUUUAUUUCCUGUUGUUCCUCCCCUUCCCUCCCCCCCCCCCCCCCCCGAAUGUGCACUUUCUAAUUCCGAUCUCACGGUGGGCGACCUUGCAAGGAACUCUAAUUGUGUUUAUACUUUAUUUUCAAGGUUAUUAAAACACUAAAACCAAA